AAAUGUUCCAGCAACGUCUGAGAUGCGGAUUCAUUUCUCUAUUUACACUGAUGGCGAUAUGCGCUGCCGCAUCCCCGCCCCCAAUGGCGGACACAGUGUUUUUGGCGCCGGGAACAUCCAUCGAUAUCACCGCCAAUAGUGUAUUCCAAACGGUUGAGUUCUUUCUGGACAUCGGCAACGAUGACUAUACCGAAUAUGCCGGACGCACUCCAAAGGAGGUGCUGGAUCACUACAAUGAGCAGCGCUCCCUCUUCAGCUUUACGCUCUUCUCGCAGAAGCGUCAACGGAUACAUCUGUCACCAUUUGAACCCGAGUGCAUUGGUGUUUCCUCCAGGCAGCCCUACAAUGUGAGACUCCAUCAUGCGCAGUUCGAUGUCUGGCGGUUUCUACAGUUUGGCUUGGGCGUCCUCGUCUUCUGCAGCAGCCGUACCUUGGCCAAGAACAGCAUAUUCUAUUAUUUGGCUGGCAUUGUGCUGGGUAUUUGCGGCUCGCUGCUGCUCAUCAUCUCUUUAACAUCAAAACUUUUCCCCAGGCGACCCAUGAUGUAUGGCGUCCUGAUUGGUGGCUGGACAAUUGGAGUAUAUAUACUCAAGCAGUUGGCCGACAACAUGCGUCUAAUCCUAUUGACCUAUCGCGACUAUGUGGUUUGGUAUUUGAUCAUAACCAGCCUCAUAUCAUUCCUCGUCUGCUACCGCAUCGGCCCACCUAAGAAUAGGCGCUCCCAGAACAUCAUCAUGUGGCUGCUCCAGGCGGUUGGUGGGGGUCUGGCCUACUUUAGUAGCUGGCAUUCUAGUGGAGUUCUAUUUCUGAUAGUCUCUGUCUUUGCGGCAUACUAUUUCCCACAAUCGCUCGUGGUAUAUGGGAAAUCGCUCUAUCGACGCCGCUUUCCGCCCAAGCGGCGCCUGCUCACACAAGAAGAGUACUACCAGCAGACGGUAAACGAGACACAAAAGUCACUGGCGGAGCUGCGCGAGUUCGUCAACAGCCCCAACUGCAAGCAGUGGAACAUAAUGAGCAACCUACGCAAUCCCAUUCGCUUCGCUUCCUUUGCCAAUGGGGAACCACAUUUGUUCGAUGAAGAGAUCGAGGACUACUCACGCACCAUAGAAGAGUCAAUGGAGGCUGCCGACCAGAACGAGGCCGAGGACUAUCUGCAGUGCAGCAUGCACUACCGGCCCUUGUCCAACAAUGGGUUCAACGUCAGCCAGGAUCAUCGUCGUCGGGCGCCUAUGCCCCAGCUCCAUUCACCGGCCUACCAACGAGACACGCUACGUGCGAACAUUCAGCAGGCCUAUGAGUCUGAUAGCGAUGACGAAUACACGGAGCAGGAUUAAGACCAAACAGGAGAAAAACGAAAAGAGCCGAUCCACACGAAUCAAGAGACUCAUUAGACUAAGAUAAGAUUAAAUGUUCUGAUAUGGGUUUGUGUACUUUGGUCAAGUUCCCGUUCCCUCAAAGAAUGUUUACACACAGGUUGCUAAAUGAAUGAAUUUCAUGCUAAUUUUUCAACCUUAUCGCACCAUUGGCUGUUUUGCCAGAUUCACGAAAAAGUUCCUUCGAUCGCCGCUUAAUCAUAAUGAAUGCCAAAUAAGGAGAAGUCAUAGAGAUAUACACCUCAAACGUAUGCGAUCAUUUUCAAUUCAUUUUCAGAAUUGUCUCGUACCAAAUAGCUACAUAUAAACGAAAAUGAGUACUUACUUAAUAUUUCGCGACUAGCCAUUGGAACCGACCUCUACAAUUAUUUUCCGAAAGAGUAUCUUACUUUACUUUAGACUGACUGACUAAAUAAACUUGAUUUAAUUCAAUAACUGACCUCAACCAGACACAUACAUACAAUCAAUUAUUAACCACCACUUUCUUAUUUUUUUAUCCAUUUACUUAACAAUGAUUUGCUGAAACGCACUGUAUUGCUCCACUCGGUAUAGUUCUUAACUUUCUUCCCGGAUAUUUUUUUACUGGACCAGAAUUUUCAUUGUACAAAAGAAAAUAUUUUCGGAAUAAAUCGAAAUUUUGACUUUA